AUGCAGAUUUUUAGGCGAUUGUUGGCUAGUAGCUCAAAGGCGAAUCAAGAGACCGCCCGAAAAUGCUUACAAAUCGCCGUCAUCGGCGCUCCCAACGUCGGCAAAUCGCUUCUGACCAACAACAUCGUCCGAUGUCCGCUGUCGGCGGUCAGCUCGAAAAUGGACACGACGACGAGGAACAUCGAGGCGGCGAUUUGCGAGGACUCGACGCAGCUCGUCGUCGUCGAUUCGCCGGGCGCCGUGAGCACGUCGCACGCUCGCGAGACAAUGAAGAACGGUCCCGCCGAUCCCGACAAUGUGUUGAUGGACGCCGAGAAGGCGCUUCGACGCGCCCAACAAAUCGUCGUUGUUCAGGAUUCGACGGCGCCCGGCGCCUACAUCCAUCAUCGUGUGCUUCACAUGCUCCACCGCUACUCGCACGUGCCAAGCGUUCUCGUCAUGAACAAAAUUGAUCUAGUAAUUCGACGGUCCGAUCUUCUACCGCUUGUCGAGAUUCUCACCAAUGGCCAACUCAACGAUCAGAAGAUUGAGACGAAGCCGGCGCAAAUUGGAAGGCUUGGCAAAAGCUUGAAUGGAACGCUGAAGAGCACCGAUCUUCCCAACGAUGAGAAAUGGCGAAGCCUUUAUCGUAGUCUGAUUCAGAAGCCAACCUAUAAAUGCGGCUAUUCGGAAACCCGACGACUGUUCCGCAACGUCAACGGUUGGAGCGGAUUCGAUCGAGUGUUCUUCGUGUCAUCGUUGACCAGCGAAGGCAUCGACGCGCUGCGAACUCAUCUGAUCGAUGUCUCGCCGCCAGGCGACUGGAAGCUCGACGAAUCGCGGCCAACCAACGAGUCCGCUCAGCAACUGUGUCGCGACUCGAUUCGCGCCGCCGUUCUCGACACGACGCCGUCGGACGUCGCCUAUACGGUGCGCGUCGGCAUCAACGAAUGGGACGAGAGCGGCGAGAUACUCCAAAUCGUCGCCGACAUCAAGUGCCUCAAACCGCGAGACGGCGUGCUCAUCAUCGGCAAAACCGGUCGACGAAUCAGCGAGAUCGGACGUCGCGUCAACGAGCACCUUCAUUCGCUGUUCCAGCGUCAGCUCUACGACGACAACAACAACAACACCGAAGAGCUGGUGAUUGUCAGCGACGACGACACACUGUACACAACGUGUCCGGAGAUCACCAUCAGCUAUAUGAAGGACGCCUCGGGAAAGAAGAAGCGGACCAUCACCAUUGAUUCGAAGCACAAAAGUCGCGAUCGGACGCGACGAAGCGACAACUUGCAUCGGCGCGCUCUCGUGAACAGCGCGAUUCGAAGUUCGGCGUCGAGCAGCAGCCAAACCGAAUCAUCGCGAUCGCGGUCUCGUCCCAGCAGCGACGAGGCCAACAAGAUUCUCGAUGGCGCCUACGCGACGAAUCGCAAGAAGCGCGUUCCCACCAGCGUUCGCAAAAACGCGCUUCAUCAUCAGGGAGGCGCGAAACUCGAGAUCGCGCCGCGACUCGACACGCUCGACCAACGACGAGCCGAUCCGACGGCGAUCAUCAAUCUGCCAAGCCCGCUGUACAUUCUGUCCGAGCAGCAGGUCACCGGUGUGCCGCAGGCGAAAGCCAUCGAGUUCGUCACACGCAUUCUGUUGACGACGAAAAAGUUGCUCAUCGACAAGAAGGAGACGCUCAUCGAGGAGAUGGCCGAAGCGCGACUCGUCGGCGGUUGUCGAAGCUCGACGAAUUUGGCCGACGACGACGAGCCGCACGAGGAUUUCGAUUGUCGCGUGUUCUAUUCCGACAAGGGCAUUCUCAUCGAGACGCGCCAAAUUGUUCAUAAGGUGGAUAGCAAUCGGCGGUGGAUCACCAGCGAGGAGAAGACGCAUUCGAACAUCUGCAAGACGAAGAUCAUCGGAAUGCAUGGGAAGCACGUCGACGGCUUCCUCAACGUUCAGAUCAAAGAGUCGAUCGAGGCGAUCAAUCAAAACUAUAAGCGAUGCGAGGAGAUGAUCAUCGGCUUCAAAGGCGACAAAACCGAGGGCUUCUACGAGAUCAAAGCCGACACGAAGACGUUCGAUCCGACGAAGACGAUCAAAUUCAGCGAGCGCAUCAUGUUCGACAGCAAGAACAUCGGCAUCUCGAUUAAGCACGACGCCGUCGCCGACAUGUCGCGACAUUGGACGUCGAGUCAGGGCACGUUCGGCGAACAACACUGCGAUUAUCGCGAGGUUCACUUCAAGUUCGACGAGGCGACGCCAUCGAUGAGUGCCGGCGGCAAGCCGGCGAUUGAGACGAGCGGCAAGACGCCGAAGAAGUCGCCGACUCUUGUUCAGACCGCCGCGCGAACCCCAACAAAUCCAUCGACGAAAAAGGACUCGUCGUCGUUCUUCCAAUCGACACCGCAAGCGACGUCGACACCCAAAUCCGACGUCUCGCCGGUGUCGUUGCGUCCGACAUCGGCGAAGCCGGCGCUAACGCCAACGGAUCGCGUCGGCACACCGGUGAGCACACCGUCGCUGAGGAAAUCCUCACCAGCUCCGCCACCACAAGAAGUCGAUUUGGACAAGAGUUUGAGCAAGAGCAGAGUGGCGCGCAAUCUCUCCAAAGUGAUCGAUGAGGGCAAGAAGGCGAACGCCGAGUCGGUGGAAGCGCCGAAAACACCGCCGCCAACACUUCGCGACGACAAUUCCGGAAGCGGAAGCAGCAGUAAUAGCGAGUCGCGAAAAACGACUCGAGCCAGUGUGCACCUCGGCAAACGCAAGAGUCGAUCGGCCGACACGUCGCCGGUGAGCGGCCAAUUGCGGAUCAAAGAGACGAAGAUUGUGCGCGAGGUGCGCGAGCGCGUCGGCAAACCGCCUCAGAUCAAAGAGCACAAAGAGGAGACGGUCAAAGUGCAGCCGGUGGCGUUUGCGCGCGGUGGUCGUCCGACGGCGACGCCGAUCAAACACGACGACGUCACAAUGAUGACGUUCAACGUGACAGUGCCGCACGAGAACACCACCACAACGACGACGACGACAACGCCGACAACGCCGACGACACCAACCACAUUGAGCAGCCCGAAACAAAGCCGCGCGGCAUCAACGAAGGCCAAACUCAAAAGUUUCCCGAAGGCGCUGAUUCUCGAAUCGACAGUCAACGGCAAACCCUACUUGAUCAACAUGAACAUCGAUUUUCAAGCGUACGACGCGCCCAAGGUCGACGUCAACAAGGUCGUGUUCGACAAACGCGUGUUCUUUGAGAAGAGCGUCGAAUGGAAUCCGACGACGUCGUCGAUAACUACUAGUCAGGUGAUUGGCAUUAAUUAA